AUGGUUGCUGAUAAGGUUUUGAGACGGCCGGGGGACGGAACGACGUUGGUGGAGGCCAUGGACCAUGGAAGCCGGUUUAGCGGCGCUGCUCAGAUACCGAUACCGCGCCGGCUCACAUCAGCUCCAGUUAUUGGUCUCGUGCUUCGUAUAAGCCAGAACAAGGCGUCAGUAGGACAUGCCUUGCGACUCAGGUACCGGCAUUAUCAGCCAGUUGCAGAGCCCAUGACUGCUCAAGAGAGAAGCCAUCAGAGAGGCAGCGUCUCUCAGCCCGGAGUUGGUACCUCCUCGGAACCUCUGGCGCAAGCCACCCACUGCCGACACACCGCUGAGCCCAGAAGCGCUGCAGGGCGGCAUGGAGUUGAGUCGUUUCGCCUGGCGCCACCAAAAGCACAGGCCUUUGAUAGCGAGCGAACAUGCCCCCAAAGCUGUGGUGUGGGGAAGAGCCAUCCUCGCGCCAUUGUCAGAGUCACAUCAAUCAUGUCCAUCAUCUCCGGCCACGCGCUAAAGCCAGAUGUCAAGGCGACGGACACGUUGACGGCCACGGUACCUGGCAGAAGCAGCUGCGUGCCCUGGUAG